AUGAGUGAGAACAUGUUGGAAGUGUGCAAGAAUGCGACGGAACAAUGCGAUUGUCUGGCGGUGAUGUGUCCGAUUGUUUAUAACAAUUCGGAAGAGCUCAAGGAGUCUUGCUUCAUGGAGCAUUGUUUUCUUUCGAAACGAGCACUGGAUGACGUCACUCUUUAUAAGGUCAGUUCUCAGAAAACUAUAGUAGAUGCCUUUUUUCAUAGUUUUUCUUGUUUAUAUAAAAAACAAUAUGCAAUUCAAAAGAAAACUAGAAAAUAGGAUAGGAUUAUGGAAAAACAAAGAAAAUUCCAGACAACGGCGCUCUAUAUACUCAUCUUUCUGAUUGGCGUGAUUGGCAAUACCACCACUUGUCUAGUCAUGAAAAAGCAUCCCAUGAUGAAAACACAUGCGAGGUAGACAUACACCAGACACAACACACAAGACAGUUGUUUUCCAGCAUGUACCUAAUCAACCUCGCUGUUUCGGACUUGGUCACAUUAUGUGUCGGUCUUCCGUUCGAGGUACUUAUGAACUGGAGACAGUACCCGUGGCCGUUUCCGGAUUAUGUUUGCAAUUUGAAAGCGCUUAUUGCCGAAACUACAAGGUACUGAGAAUGGUACUGUAUUUGAGAAACUAAAUAACUAUGCAUUUCAGCUCUGUGUCAGUGUUGACAAUUUUAAUUUUUGCUAUUGAACGCUACGUGGCUAUUUGUCAUCCGCUGUACUUGCUGAAGGUGCAACCAUUCAAAAGAAAUGUAGGUUCGGGUUACGGUAGUGGAAAACUGUACAGAUGACCCCUCGGCCCGAUCGACCCGAGCUCCAAAUGUUUGAAAGUGUUUGGAAAGAAUUGUCGCGACAAGUGACAGGAAAAGAGAGAAAUAUUUGACAGGAAAAGAGAAAACGAUUUCUCAGAUAAGCACAAUCAUCGGAUUCACAUGGGUAUUCUCGAUUCUAUGCGCAAUGCCGUUUGCCAUUCAUCACCGUGCGGACUAUCUCAUGAAAAGUUGGCCAGGAACCGAGAAUCAUGUUCCGGUAAGCGAAUGUGAUUAAUCAUAAAUCGUAUACGAAUAAUAGGUGAAAUCCUCGAAACUCUGCAUGGUAGCAGUAAUGUUUGAGCCGAAAUUGAUUCCAACUUUCAAGGUUUGUCAAAAGUUUCAACUUUAAACGAAUGCAUCGGAAAUGCAUUAAUCUGUCGCAUUUCAGAUUCUUUUCCACUUCUCGGCACUCGCCUUUUUCGCUAUUCCGCUAUUGACCAUUCUGAUUCUUUACGCGAGAAUUGCGUGCAAAGUAAGUGAGACAUUUCGAAAAUACAAAGAAGAAAAGGACAUUAUCAUUUCACCCGAGAAAAAAAAAAUUUCUCGGCUUUCAUGGUUGCGUGAUCAUAGUUCGCGUGACUCUUGCAAGAAUAUUUCUAGCUCAUCCAGUCAAAGUCAUUAAAAAUCAGAAAAUCAUCAAGAAAUCGGUCACAUCACCUGUUCAGGUGUCGAGCAAUCGGACGAUUCAGCAAGGAGAAUUCGAUAUCACCGAGGAGCUGCAAAUGAGAAUCAAUGCGAUUUUGUGUACGUCCGGGUGUGAGCAGAAAAGAAGGGAAUGAAGGGGAUUGGGAGAAGAAUGGAGGGAAGAUUGGGGUUAGUAGUCAGGAAAUACAUGGAUAAAAUAAAAAUGUAGCCUAUUUUUUAGCAUGAUUCUAUGUAUUCUACAGAAUAGGUGGGGUAGUCCUAUCUGGGCCUAACCAAACACUAAUCCGAUUUCCAAGAAUGAAAAGUUUGCGGUGUGCCAUCUAAUCGACCCAAAAUCAAAAACGAGACAGGAUUACGUUGCAGGUGCCAUCGUUUCCGCCUUCUUCAUUUGCUAUCUUCCGUUUCAGCUACAACGUCUCCUCUUUUUCUAUUUCGACAAUGAUGUCAUCCUGGCCUAUCUCAACCAGUACAUUUACUUUAUUUCUGGUAGGUUUUGAAGCAAAAGUGAUACCAGACUAGAGGGAAAAAAGAGAGAAAAAGGCAUGGGAAGGAUGGAUGAAAUUGUAGGUGUCGUGUUUGUUUUAAGAAAUAUCGAAAAAGGGAAUACACAAAACAUUCGUUCGUUUUUCAGCCUGGAAAGAUGAUAACAGCACGCUUAAAAGUAGUAAAAUUUCAGGAUUUCUUUUCUAUUUGGCUACGAUCAUCAAUCCAAUCGCUUACAAUCUUGCAUCGAGUCGAUUCAGACGAGCUUUCAAGGAUAUUAUCAUCAAUUAUUGUUGGAGAGGGAAUACGGAGGGAUAUCCACGCUCUUCGUUCAGCAAAUACAGUCUGUAAGUGAAGGGGCUGCAUUGCAUUUGUAUGUUUUUGCCACGUCAUUGACAACAGAUGAUGUGAGACAGAUAUCAUUGACAAAGUGACAUGGAGGCUGCCAGCGUUUGGACUUUAGGACCACUUGAAUAUUCCGAUCGGGCCCAAACUUUGCAGACUUCUUGGACUUGGAUUAAAGUAUUUAUCGAUCGGUUUAUCGUAAUUUAGGAGAUCCAAUACACAUCAGCCCAAGUCCAAGAAGCCUGCAUGGCUUGGGUCCACUCGGAUUAUUGCGAGUGGUCCCAAAGUCUAAGCGCAGGCAGUCAAAUGGCCCAACACUGCUCACAACAUCAAUUAGAAGGAAAAUAACACUUUUCUUCAACAGUUUUUCAGUGCUCACACUCCACUCCGUCAAGCAAUGUCCAACCGCGCUCAAGUGUUCGAGACAACUGUUCAGUCCUGA